GGCAGUUUCUCAGCCAGCUGUUGCACCUUUCGUAAGAGGCCAGAUCCGCGCUACCCGAUGGAGACCCGCUGGUUCCCGCAAGUGAACGAUUCCUCCUGCAGUGAAUGUCCACAAUUACAUCUCUUGCAGAGGAUACCAGCUGACUCGUCCUAUCCCGAGGAUUUCUACAAACCACCUUGGAAAACAGAUACAAAAGCUUGUGCCGAUCCAUUAGGAAUGGAGAAUGGAGACAUUCCUACGGAAAAUCUGUUUGUCUCUGAUGCAGGUCAUUACGAUUAUGACAAAUGGAAGGCUCGGCUGAAUUAUCAGGCUGCCUGGUGUGCAAGGCCCAUAGAUACGCACCAAUGGAUCCGUGUCGACUUAAGCAAAUCAACUACAGUGACAGGACUCAUCACACAAGGAAGGCACUCCAGUGAUGUCUGGACCAAGACAUACAAAGUCAAGUACAGCUCAGAUAAGGCGGCCUGGGCCUAUGUCACUGACAAAACCGGCAACCCAAAAGUGUUUCCGGGAAACACGGAUGAUGAAUCUCAAGUAACUGUCUAUUUCCCGGCGCCUCUGCACACUCGCUUCAUCCAAAUUGAACCGCAGUCUUGGGCAAGGUAUAUCUGCAUUCGCUUUGAGCUGCUUGGUUGUAAAGAGUAAGACUGCGUGGCCAGGGAGCGCUGAGUGGUUCAUGUAUAAGAUGCCAGAGCGAAGGGGGUGAGGUUGAAGACGUGACCUUAAUUAAUUCACUAUGAGUUUUUUGUGUGAAAAUUUUAUUGGAUAUUAAAUUGUGUGCAGUGUGUAUAUUGUAAUCAUGCUAAAGUAGUAAAGAUAAAGUAACGUGAACAUGUGUACAUUGUAUUGCAUGACAGUUUGAAUGUAAAACGUUCUACACA